AUGAGCUACAGCGAGGAACAGCUGGCGCAGUAUUUUGCCCACCUAGGCUACGACCCGCGCGUCGACCCGACCCGGCCGUCGGGCUGGCUCGACUCGGACCGACUGGGUUUCCUCACGGAGCUGCAGGCGCGCCAGCUGGCCCGCGUCCCGUUCGAAAGCAUUUCGCUGCAUUAUUCGGCCGCCAACCCGCCUCUUUCGUUGGACCUGCAGGACCUGUUCCGCAAGAUAGUCCACGAGGGUCGAGGCGGCUACUGCAUGGAGCUCAACGCGUUUUUCAGCGCCGUGCUGCGCGGCCUGGGCUUCACACUCAUCAACACCGGCGCCAGGGUCAUGGGGCAGGACGGCGUUUUUAUGGGCUGGAACCACCACCUGAACCUCGUCUCUAUCAAUGGCAUCCGAUAUAUGGUCGACGUUGGGUUCGGCAAAGGGGGCUCGUUCUCGCCUGUGCCGCUGGACCGCGCUGCCGCCGAGCGCGAGGGCGGCCUGGAGUUCGAGCCGGUGCUAGGCACUCGCGGGAGACUCGAGUACAAGCGGCUGGAGCUACAUAGCGACCCGACUCAGCGCGUCUGGGUUUACUCGACGCUGAACUCGCCCUGGUCGACGUUGGCGGAAGACAAUGAGGAGCAGGCGGGCGAGGGCCCCACGUGGCGGCCGCGCUACUGCUUUGGCGAACUCGAGUAUCUGCCAGCCGAUUAUGAGGUUAUGAACUACUAUGCCAUGACCAACCUAUCCAGCUAUUUCGUCACGGCAGUGCUAGCGGUUCGGACCAUUUUGCAGGAGGAGGAGGAGGAUUCUUGCGGCGACGCAGACGCUGUUGGGGAUGCGUCGGCCGGUGGUAGUACCCGACCUCGAGCCAAGGGGACGAUCGUGCUACACAAGGACGAAGUCAAGCAAACGAUCCGUGGAAAGCCCAAACUGCUCGAAAGGCUGACCAGCGAAGAGCAGAGGGUCCAGGCGCUGGAGAAGUAUUUUGGCCUGGUGGUCAGCCCAGAGCAGGCAGCGUGCAUCAAAGGCCGCGAGAGCGAGAUCCGGACAGAAUAG